GGCGGCUCCCGGCAUCCCGACUCCCUCCCCCUCCUCUCCUUCUCGGACUUCCAGCCCGCCUGGCCGCCCGCGCUGCCCUCGGAGGCCCCAGCGCGGCACCGCCUGCCGAGAGCGAGGGAGGAGUCGCCCCAGCCAGAUCUCACAUUAUUUCAUAACAUCGGAUAGCUUGAAGGUCAUUUAAAAAACAAAACCAAAAACGAUUUCUUAAAGAAAUGACUGUCUCCGAAUACUUUCAGCUAGAAAGAGUCUAUAUUCAGGAGGAAGUAAUCCCAGAAAAGGGAGAACAGGCAGAUCAAGAUGUGUAGCUCUGUGGCUGCCAAGUUGUGGUUUUUGACAGAUCGUCGAAUCAGGGAAGACUAUCCGCAGAAAGAGAUCUUACGAGCAUUAAAGGCCAAAUGUUGUGAGGAGGAACUGGACUUUAGGGCUGUGGUGAUGGAUGAGGUGGUGCUAACAAUCGAGCAAGGAAACCUGGGUCUACGUAUCAAUGGAGAAUUAAUUACUGCCUACCCUCAGGUGGUGGUAGUGAGAGUACCAACCCCCUGGGUGCAGAGUGAUAGUGACAUCACUGUUUUGCGCCAUCUAGAGAAGAUGGGAUGCAGGUUGAUGAACCGACCUCAAGCCAUCCUGAACUGUGUUAAUAAGUUCUGGACAUUUCAAGAGUUGGCAGGUCAUGGUGUUCCUCUGCCAGAUACUUUCUCUUAUGGUGGUCAUGAAAAUUUUGCUAAAAUGAUUGAUGAAGCAGAAGUGCUGGAGUUCCCAAUGGUAGUGAAGAAUACACGGGGUCAUAGAGGCAAAGCAGUUUUCUUGGCCCGUGAUAAGCACCAUUUGGCUGAUCUAAGCCAUCUUAUUCGCCAUGAAGCUCCAUACCUGUUUCAGAAGUAUGUUAAAGAGUCUCAUGGGAGGGAUGUACGUGUCAUUGUCGUGGGAGGUCGUGUGGUUGGCACCAUGUUACGCUGUUCAACAGAUGGGAGGAUGCAGAGCAACUGCUCACUAGGUGGUGUCGGGAUGAUGUGCUCAUUGAGUGAGCAAGGGAAGCAGCUAGCUAUCCAGGUGUCUAAUAUCCUGGGAAUGGAUGUGUGUGGCAUUGACCUAUUGAUGAAAGACGACGGCUCCUUCUGUGUCUGCGAGGCCAAUGCAAAUGUAGGUUUCAUCGCCUUUGAUAAGGCUUGUAAUCUAGAUGUAGCUGGUAUCAUAGCGGACUAUGCCGCCUCCCUUCUGCCCUCUGGCCGGCUCACCCGGCGUAUGUCCCUGCUCUCCGUGGUGUCCACGGCCAGUGAGACUAGUGAGCCGGAGCUGGGUCCCCCAGCCAACACUGCUGUUGACAACAUGAGCGCAAGUUCCAGCUCUGUUGACAGCGACCCUGAAACCACGGAGCGAGAGCUGCUCACCAAGCUCCCAGGGGGCCUAUUCAACAUGAACCAACUGCUAGCCAAUGAAAUCAAACUCCUGGUGGAGUGAUUCCACCAGUAAAUAAUUAACCAACAAAACCCUUGUAAAACUUUCUUUUUCUUCUUUCCUUUUCUCCUUUCUUUUUUCUUUUUUUUUUUUUUUUAAACCAACUUGCAAUGCUGUUCAUGGAAAAUGCUCAGGAAGAUGAGAAAAUUGAGUAGGAUUAGUUGGGAGGGAAGAUAGACUAGACCUCUGCUAUUAAGAUGUUACUGACUUUGAUUUACAAAUCCUGUAGGUAGAGAGGCAGAAGAGGUGAGAUACAGAAAAAUGUCAGGCGCUCGUAGUUACGCUUUUUAAUUACCCAAAAAGUAGGCUCUCAGGUCAUGAAGAACAUAAUUUUCAUGGUCUCUUGAUUUUGUUUUUGUACAGUUGGUACAAAUUUCAGAGUAGUGUAACUUCACAUUGUGUUGUAAUGGGUGAAGAAGACAUCUACCUAAAUUAUAAUUUUUUUUAUACAAAUUUGAAAAUUCAUCCUAUACACUAUUAUCUAGCAGCCUUAUGUUCAUAGUUAUGAAAUCUUGAGGGGUUCUUUUAUUGACUUUUCUCCCCCUUAAUUUGGGUGGGAGGGCAACGUGAAUGUGACCCAAUAAAUGUUUUUUUAAUGAUUAAAUUGGCAUAUUUGCAUGAUAAAAUGAACAGUAUUGCAAUGUCUGGCACACAAAACAUUUACUCCAUUGUAGAUAAAACUGCACUAGUUAAAAAUAUGUGCAUUGACUUGUAUUUGUUAGUGUUUUAGCCUUUUUUGAAAGAUAUAUGCUAUGUUAAUGUUGCAUUUUUUCUUUUAAUACAUGCUAGUCUUAACAUUCCCUGAUCUAUGCCUGCAUCUUUAACAAUGGCCAAAGUGAAGAAAAUGCUACCUUUUUUGUUAACAAGACACUGACUUGAAACAUGUGCAUUUAAAAGCCUUUUAUUUUUUUCCUUUUUUCAUUUGGUGGUUGGGCAUUUAAAGAAUAAGGGCAAGGAAAAAUAUUUUUGGGGGGAAAAUCAAGGGCCUAUAAGUUCCUAAGUAUAAAGUUGAAGUGAUUUCUAAUACCAGC